GCCGCGCAUGCGCACGCAUCGCGUGUGCUUUGUCAACACUUGACAAGUGACAUUUUUAGGUUAACUUUUAUUUUCUCACAAAAACACCGAUUUUCCCCGAACUGAACAUGUAAAUUGCACAAAACCACCCCAUUUACGUUAAGAAUCAACCAUUCGACUAAAUUAAGUACAACCAUCGCUCGCAACAAGUAUACAUUGUAAAUAGGUCACCAUGAAGACUGAUAACAUUGCCCCAGGCGACACAAUCUGGAGCAACAACGAAGACUUACUAACAGACGAGAACUGCCUUCCGGUCAUAAACACGUGUCAAAUCUCGUCAAUUUUAUCCACUCUUGACCCGCCAGCAGACAAACCGUUCCAAAAUUCGGACGACCCGAAAGCCCCGCUCCAAAACAACUACGUUAUUCUUAAGGACAACAGCGCGAAAUCUGAGUCGAAAAAGUCGAGUUUGAACAAUGGGAAUAAUUUUGAAGACGUGUUGUAUUUCGUGUGUAACUUGUGCCCGUUUCUUUGUACGAAGAACUCGAAAAUCACGGAACAUUUGGAGAACGCCCACAAGAAUAAAACCGUGCGGAAGCUCCCUCAUUUGAAAUGUCCGGCUUGCACUAAUGUGUUUUUUCACAAAAUGUCGCUGAGGUCACACUUAAUUCACGACCAUGGAGUAGGCAACUCGGAUAUCAAUCUCAUAAUUCAGGCCGUCGUUUAUUACGCUAAUAAAGCGAAAAACGGCGAACGCAAAACCGUGAGAGCGGACACAAAUCAAACCGGUGACAACCCGUCGAAAACGGAGCAGCCACAAAUCAAAACUGAGAACGUGCUCAACCAACAAGUCAUCAGUAAGUGGAUCGGGUCGAAAAAAUUCCACUCAUGCCCCAUCCCGGCGUGCAAAGUCAACCUCCAAAGCGCCGACAACAUGAACUACCACAUAAGUUGUCACACCGACUCGGGGCUCGCGUGCCCGGUUUGUAGCGAGACUUUCGCAGCCUGGAAGCAAACCGUCAUCCACCUGUGGCGACAACACAAAAUCGACAUGGAGUUGUACUCGUGCGACAAAUGCAGCUACAAAUGUACGAGCUUAACCAAGCUCAACAACGUCCACAAGCUCAUCCACAGCGACGUGCGCGCUUUCGUCUGCCCAGUCUGUAAAAAAGCCUUCAAAAACAGCAAACAACUCGCCAACCAUAAAAUGACCCACAAAACGAAAAAAGAAAUCGAGAAGUUGAAGACCACGUGUGAGGUUUGUUCGAAGAGUUUCUCGGAUAAGAGACAGCUGAGGAUCCAUAUGAGUGUCGUACACGAGAAAAUCAAGCCUUUUUUGUGUAGUUAUUGUGGGUAUAAGGGGUCGACGCGAAGUUCGCUUAAAAUGCAUAUACGGCAGCACACGGGGGAGAAGCCUUUCACGUGCGACUCGUGCUCGUAUGCCACGUCCGACCACAACUCUUUGCGGAGGCAUAAGUGGAGGCACACGGGGGAGAAGCCCUACAAGUGCUCGUACUGUUCGUACGCGUGCAUCCAAAGUAGUACUUACAAAGUGCACCUGAAGACUAAGCAUCCGGGACAGGAGAAGGAUCUGAUGUUUACGUGCCAGGAGUGCCAGUUCCGGUCGGUCAAUAAGGAGAUGUAUGUUGCUCAUAUGAUUACCGUACAUGAUCAAAAGCCACAAAGUUAAAAUAAAUUUUUAUUGUUAUUGA